ACACAGAUUAUCAAAAUGAAUUCCAAUAAGGCAUCCGCUAAUUCAGUGGUUCAAUGGUAUUAAUUUAUCUAAAAAAAUUGAAAAGUGUGGUAAUAUUAGAAAUUAAUUUAUAAUGUCAUUUUGGACAUUUUGCUUUAAAAGUGUGACGUUAAAUUCAAAAACUCUAAUUUGAUUUAGAAGUUUCAACAUGUCAUUUUGUAAGUUAUGAUAUUACUUUUCUCAAACUUUAUUUUAGUUAUACAUAUAAGUCAAACUAACAUGUUUUUAUUCUGUCCUUAGUAAUUUAGAGUCCUCAUUAUUUUCUAUUUAUAUUCCACUUUCAAAGUAAUCUUGUAUUUAUAUAAAAACAAAAAAUUGACUACUUGGUCAUGGCGGCUGCAUCAUUGACUUGUUCUGCCCCAUUCUAUUUGAAUGUUCCUUCCUGCCCAUUUCUCUUUACUUAAAUUCAACAUUUUUUGUUAGAGGCAAAAUACUGCUAUUCUGGUGUUGUUGUUUCCCUCUCAAUAUGGAAGUAAAAAACACAAACCAAUUAGAGGAAUCCACUGAUUUCAAAGCUGAAGUUAAAGCUUUUGAUGAUUCAAAAGCAGGUGUCAAAGGUUUGGUGGAGUCCGGGAUUUCAAAGAUCCCACGCAUUUUUUAUACUGGGAAAUUGGACAUCGGUGAAAACUCAGCUAGUGACUCCAACUUGAGUGUUCCCAUCGUAGACCUCAAAGACAUCCACAUCAAUCCAUCUCUGCGUGUAGAGGUAAUUGGCCAAAUUAGAAGUGCUUGUCAUGAUUGGGGAUUUUUUCAAGUGAUUAAUCAUGGAAUUCCCAUCACUAUCUUGGACGAAAUGAUUGAUGGAAUCCGUAGAUUUCAUGAACAAGAUGCUGAUAUAAGAAAAGAGUUUUACACUCGUGAUACAAAGAAAAAAGUUUCGUAUUUCUCCAAUAGAACCUUGUUUAGUGGUCAAGCUGCUAAUUGGAGAGAUACAUUUGGUUUUGCUGUUGCUCCUGAUCCUUUCAAACCAGAAGAUGUACCACCAAUAUGCAGAGAUAUUGUGAUUGAAUAUUCUCAGAAAAUAAGAGAUUUGGGUUUCAAGAUCUUUGAGUUGUUGUCAGAGGCAUUAGGACUUGAUCCUUCUUACCUCAAAGAGUUGAAUUGUGCUGAAGGACUCUUUAUUUUAGGUCAUUACUAUCCACCAUGUCCUGAACCUGAAUUAACUCUGGGCGCUUCCAAGCAUACUGAUAGUGACUUCUUCACAUUACUUCUACAAGACCAACUUGGCGGUCUUCAGGUUCUUCACGAGGAUAAAUGGGUCAAUGUUCCUCCAGUACAUGGAGCUCUUGUUGUAAACAUUGGAGAUCUUCUACAGCUUAUCACAAAUGACAGAUUUGUUAGUGUUUUUCACCGAGUCUUAUCACAGAACAUCGGCUCAAGAGUUUCUGUUGCAAGCUUCUUUCUGAAUUCUACUGAACCAAUUCAAGGAGCGUCGAAGAUUUAUGGUCCUAUUAAGGAAUUGCUUUCAGAAGAAAAUCCACCAAUCUACAAAGACACUACUAUAAAAGAUUUCUUAGCACAUUAUUUUGCCAAAGGCCUUGAUGGGAAUUCUUCCUUAGAACCCUUUAAGUUGUGAAUUCAACAUGUUAAAAUGAUUCUUAUUCUCUUGGAGCUGGCCAUGAUCUAUCUAUAUAACUACACAUUUUCUGUUGUAAGUGUGCUUUAUAUGUAUCAAGUUUCCUAGACCGAAAUAAAUGAAUUAUCUAUGCUUGUUGACAUUUUUUAAAAUAAUCAUGUUGAACUGCAGAAUUAUAACCAAGAGCUUCUAAGUUAGAAAUAUGUGAUUAUAUUUUUACAUGUAUGAGAUAAGAUAGUGAGUGUCACUAAUUUUCACAUAGGAAAAAGUUGUAUAACAGCUCCGUGGUGAUAAAAUAUUGCAAGGCAAAUUAACUUUUUUGGUGUAAUUAGUUGUAAUUGUAAGGCAAUAUAAACUAAUGAAAUAGUGAGAUGAAUGUUAGUAGCUUUGACAAACUGAAAGUAAUAUCAUACUUGGAUUAGGAAUGGCCAGAAGAAUGCA